ACAUAAUCCAAAUGUAAAACGUGGCGACCGCCAUUAAAAUUUUACCGAUUCCAGUGUCUGCUAUUAAACUUACAAUCAUAUAAAUAUACAAAGAAUUACAAGUUGUGAUUAACGAAUUUUUUUUACAAAAAAUUGACUAUAGAAAAUUGCCGGCUAUUUUCAAGUCUUUAUUUGACAUUUAUACGUGAUUUAUUAUCCCUGACGAUCAAUUUUAUAACAAGUUUGAAACAACAAGACCUAUAAGACAAUGGAUGUAAGACAAUUAGUAGCUUCGAUUGUGCAGUUUUUGACUCGGCAAUUAGAAGAUGGUGGAUUAACUGCCGAUUCACGAGAAAGUCUUGAGGUAGCGAUUCAAUGUUUGGAAAGUGCCUAUAAUGUUCAAGCAUCCGAUGCUCCACCAGAUACUUUUUUGACGAUAGGAGGUGGUGCUGGUGGUGGUAGUGUUUCAUCACGUGUAAUUAAUGAAACACCAAAUUUAGGUCCACAAGCAACUUUAGAGCAAAAAGCCGAAGCUGAAAGACUGAAAAAUGAAGGAAAUAAUCUUGUUAAAGCUGAAAAAUUACAGGAAGCAUUGACUAAUUACACUCGGGCAAUACAAUUAGAUGGACACAAUGCAGUUUAUUAUUGUAAUCGAGGGGCAGUGCAUAGUAAAAUGGGAAAUUUUAAUUUGGUAAUAUCCGAUUGUAAAACUGCAUUGUCAAUUGAUCCAUUGUAUAGUAAAGCAUAUGGUCGAAUGGGAUUGGCUUAUUCUAGUUUACAAAAUCAUAAAGAGGCAAAGGAAUGUUUUCAAAAAGCACUUGAAAUGGAGCCUGAUAAUGAAAGUUAUCGAAAUAAUUUACAAUUAGCCGAGGAGAAAAUAGCACAACAAGGUUUAGGUUCCUUAGGUUUAGGUGGUACUUUAUCAAAUGUUGAUCUUGGUCAAAUUCUACGAAAUCCAGCUCUCAUGCAAAUGGCACGACAAAUGCUCACUGAUCCAAAUAUGCAAAAUGUUAUGAGCAAUAUUAUCAGCGCAAGUGGUGCACAAGGCGAUCGUAUUGAAGCACUCAUAGAGGCAGGACAACAAUUAGCUCAACAAAUGGAAAGUGCCAAUCCCGAUUUAAUAGAUUCUUUGAGGCGUCAAAUGGGUGGAAAUUCGAAUGAUCCUGAUCCAAAUACAAAUUAAGUCGCAAUAUAUUCCCGAAAUGAUGAUUCAAUUGCGAAUUUUAAAUUUAUAAAAUAUCCAUAAUGACUAUGAAUUUUCAUAAUUACAAAAAAAAACUAGAAAGUUCUGAAGAAGUCUUUUUUUUGGUUUAAAAAGAAGCUGAUUAGAUAUUCAGUUUGAAUUAAUGGUUGAAACUAACAAUUAAAAUUAUCUUUUUUUUAUUUCAUAUUUAUAUUUUCAAUAUAGAAUAAAGUCUAGAAUUUGAUAUUAAUUAA